GACGUAAUCAGAGCGCGUCACGAGCAGCUGGUCCGUAGGCAGCAUGAGGCGGUGGUGUCGGACCGGGGCGACCUUGGCGUUCGGAGCGGGACUCGGGGCCGCUGUCGGCCGCCUACUGAGCCUCAGAGGCGGGGAGGAGGAGGAGGACAGAGCCGGUCUGCUCAGCAGAGUCCCGGUGGUCCCGGUACCGAGAGUUCAGGCCUCCGAGCUGACGGUGAGUCCAGGUGGGUCAGGAACUGUGAUGAAGUACGGCUUCCCCUCACUGGCCAACAUCAAGACCAGAGAGUCCUACGUCACCUCCUACGACCCCCGGACACGCACUGCAUCCUGGGUAAUAGAGAGGUUAAACCCCGCCUCCCUGAGCGGGACGUCAGACAGGAAGUACUGUGACUUCAAAGAGGAUGACAGUGUACACGUGUUUCACAGAUCGACCAAUGCUGACUACAGAGGGAGUGGAUUUGACAGAGGUCACCUGGCUGCUGCAGCCAAUCAUAAGUGGAGUCAGAAAGCCAUGGAAGACACAUUCUACCUGAGCAAUGUCUCUCCACAGAACCCUCACCUGAACCAGAACACCUGGAACAAUCUGGAGAAACUGUGUCGCUCUCUGACCAAACGUUACCUCAACGUCUAUGUCUGCACCGGCCCACUCUACCUGCCCAGGCAGGAAGCUGAUGGGAAACUCUACGUUCGUUAUCAGGUUAUUGGACGAAACCACGUCGCCGUGCCGACGCACUUCUUCAAGGUGCUGAUCCUGGAGCAGGUGGACGGCAGGGGGGUGGAGCUUCGGUCAUAUGUUUUACCAAAUGAACCAAUAGAUGAGAAGGUUCCUCUGGAGCGUUUCCUGGUUCCAAUAGAAACCAUCGAGAGAGCAUCGGGACUUCUGUUUGUUCCGAACAUCAUGAAGAGAAACAGCAGCCUGCAGGCAAUCACCAAUAAAUGAACUACAGUACCCAGAAUCCUCUGUUGCUGGAUGAACUACAGCAUGUUCUAUCUCUGACCACAGUUCUCUGUAUGUUCCUCAGUGAUUCAAAGUUCCCUUUAGUUUACGUGGUUACCUGUUGUCCAGCAGCAGAUUGUAUAUUUGAAAAAGAGGUCUUCACGGGUCCACUUGGUUCUGAAAAACUGAGACCCGACCUAGGACCCGAGUUGGGCCGAGUCCAACUUUUGCUCAGUCUAAUCCAAUCGAGAAGGGUCUGGUUUUACUGCUGCUGGUCUCAGGUCUGUGUGUCAAUGUGAUCCAAACAGGAAACAGGACUUUACAUUAUUUAUAUUACAUUUUCUUUUAAGCAUUUAAACAAAAUAUUUUACUUUCCGAUUUUUUUUAUUCGUUCUUAGGACAUUAGCAUCAUUAAUAUAUUGCUGCUCUUUUCCACCACGGCUGCUUGUUAAUUUACCGCAUUAACUGACCACUCAUCACGAUGCUGGUGUGUUGGUUUGUUGUUAUUCUCUCUCUGUCUCUCUGGUCGACUGUAUUUCGAAUCGGUCUAAGUAUCGGUACGGUCUGGCUGUGCUAAGUUUCCUUCAGAUCAGGUCUCUCUUAUCGGAGGUGGUGCAUAUCGGGUUCAGUUAGGUUUUCUACGGGUCCCUGUUCAGAUUGGGUCCAGACCCCUAAUCUGAAGUUAUUUUUUCAGUCUGAUCAGAUCCAGGUGGUUCCUCCCAUGUUUCAACAUCACGUUCAGCUUCAGAGCUCAGCACCAGUUUGUCUAAACAGAAAUAACCUGUGAUAGAUUAAAAACCCAGCAGGAGGUGUAACAUCUUAUCCUGUUGGUCUGAAAUUUAUCUCAGUCUUCAGAGACGAGUUGAUAAAAACACUUGUGUUUAUAUGGUGACACUUUCCUGUAACCCCCCAUUUAUCAUGUUUAAACAGCAGCAGUGGAGGAAGUACUCAGAUCCUCCACAUCAGUAAAAGUACCAAUACUGCAAUAUAAAUGAGCUCUAUUACAAGUAAAAGUAAUGCACUGCAAAUGUCACUUAAGCGAAAGUACAGAUGUAAUAUCAGCAAACUGUAAAGUAUCAAAAGUAAAAGUACUAAAAAAAGUAAAAAUACUAAGGUUUUCCCCUGUGAGUGUUACACGCUGUUCAAAAGUGUUACAUGUUAUACUAUUCAAUUAUUAUUUCUGCUGCUUAAAUGCAUGAGUAGUGUUUUGUGUGGUUGUUAUAUACAGUUGAGUAGUUUAAUCUGUAACACUGCACCAUAUGUAAUAUAUUUAUGUAAAUAUACAGAUAUUAGAUAAAUAUGGUGCAGUAAAAAGUAAAGAAAUGGAAAAGUACCUAAAAUUUUACUUAAGCCCAAUACUGCAGCAAAAGUACUUUGUUACUUUCCAUCACUGAUAAUCAGUCUUUAAAGAGUAAUACCGAGUCUGUCUUUGCCCUGGGUUUUGCCUCUCAGGUUCCAUGCAGUUCACUAAGCUAGCUUCUGAUUGGUGGAGGCUGUAUCUGCAGUCUGAGAGGUCUGCCGACACUACUCAGGGCGAUUCCAGUCUUUUUGUAUUAGUGAUGCAGGAAUGCAGCUCAUCGCCCUGGACAGCCAUAACAGGAGCAAACUUAGGAAAGGCUAAAAAUGAUACAAAAUUGUUUUAUAACUGGUACUAAUGCAACAAUUUUUGACUAUGUGAAGCAUUUCACCAGUGGCCAACUGUCUGUCAAGUUUCAUUUGUGUAGCCUUUAGUUUUUGAGAUAGAUAGAUUUUAUGCAUUCCUAAUUAAAAAAGUAAUAACUUAUUAACUUUAUGAGAGAUCGACAAGCUGUUUAACAGCUACUACGGCCUGCAUGCUCCUUUGGCAGCAAUCACACAAUUAAAUUUGUAUUUGUAUUUCAGCCAGUGUUUCAAACUAACCCUAACCCUAAAAAGACAGUAGUUAUAAGGCAGUAAAGGGUGGAGUGUUAUAUAAAGACUAGGGUUGGUGUAUUACUAAUACAGACACAGCAUUGCUAAAGUUUUUUUAUUGGACUCCAUGUGUUUGAAAAGCCUGGAGAGUCACAAUAUAGUCAGAACUUAGGUUUUGUUCAUGUUGAACACCCUGAGCUCAGCAACUUCCACUUAACAUCUUUGUUUGGAUCAGGAGUCGUAAGUGAUAAAGAAGAAGAUUAUGUUGCAGCAGACAGAAGAUGUUUUUAUUCAGAUGUUUAUCAGGGUUUAUUAGAGUUUGUGAGGAUUCUGGAGUAAAGCUUCACAACAACAAGGAAGUGUUUGUUAAACCACCUGCUAGGUGAUUAUUUUUAAGAAAAACUGAUGUUGAACUCUGUGACCGAAUGUAGCUUUAAUAUGAUGGGAGCAAAGUGGAGCUUCAGGCUGCAGUGAUUAGAUAUUCCUCAGAAUGAAACCAAAGUCCAGGUUCAGUUUUUCCAUAGACUGUGACGUUUUCUUCACUGAAACAUAAUCAGUCGGUGGAUUUAAAUGUUGGAUGUUUGCAGCAGCAUGUUACUGCCACCAUCAGAAAUGAUGAUUUGUUCAGUUUAUAACAUGAAAAUUUGUGUAAUGUUGUAAUGAGAUCCGGAGAUUUUGUUAAAACAAGAAACGAUUGCUGUAAAAA